AGGAAAAACUUUCAGAAUCUAAUUUGAGUAUUUAUUUCUUAUAAAUUGUUGGAUUCCAUUCUAUAAAAAUAAUGAUCCAAACCUUUCCAUUCACAACCUUGCUUCAAGUAUUCACACUUCCCAUAAAUGUUUCGUCAGUAAAAUAAAUUUUAUAUUAGGGAAAAAUGCUAAAAACUUAGCCAAAUCUGUGUCAGAAUUAUAAUAAUCCCAUUAUCUUACCAUACACUUAGUUGACUAAAUCACCUCACAUUCAAGCCAAUAAUCCAUAAAUCAGAAAUUAUCAUUUCUUUACUUCAUCACCCAACUGUUUCCAGAAUUUUACUGAAAAAAAAUCCCAUCUUUUCUAAUCACUUCAUUGUAGAUUUUUUUCACAUUCUCAAUCUCAUCAUUUCCGAUGGGAAAGUACGGCGGCGCAAAGACCAGAACCACCGUUUGUUUAUCAGACGGUGCUAUCUUUCUCGCCGGAGCUUUCAUGUCUCUUACUCUCGUCUGGUCUUACUUCUCACUCUUUUCACCUUCUUUCACUUUCACCUUCAACGGUUUACGUCACGGCGGCGAACCGGUUCAAUGUUCCGGUUUAAACAUGCAAUUAGACCCAUCCGAACCCGGUUUUUACGACGAUCCGGAUCUAAGCUACUCGAUCGAAAAAUCAAUCACAAAUUGGGACGAGAAACGGCACGAAUGGUUUAAAUCACACCCAUCAUUCAAACCCGGUUCAGAAAACCGGAUCUUAAUGGUAACCGGUUCACAAUCCUCGCCGUGUAAAAACCCAAUCGGAGACCAUUUGUUACUCCGGUGCUUCAAAAACAAAGUCGAUUACGCUCGAAUCCAUGGCCAUGAAAUCUUCUACAGCAAUGCUCUUCUUCAUCCGAAGAUGAAUUCGUAUUGGGCGAAACUUCCGGUGGUUAAAGCGGCGAUGCUUGCUCACCCAGAGGCGGAGUGGAUUUGGUGGGUUGAUUCCGACGCCAUUUUCACCGACAUGGAAUUUAAACCGCCGCUUCACCGUUACCGUCAACAUAACCUCGUCGUUCACGGUUGGCCAAAUAUAAUCUACGAUAAACCGAGUUGGACGGCGUUAAACGCCGGCGUUUUCUUAAUCAGGAAUUGUCAAUGGUCAAUGGACUUAAUUGACACGUGGAAGAGUAUGGGACCAGUGAGUCCAGAUUACAAAAAGUGGGGUCCGAUCCAACGGUCGAUAUUCAAAGAUAAGUUGUUUCCAGAGUCAGAUGAUCAGACGGCUCUGAUUUAUUUGCUUUAUAAACAUAAAGAGUUGUAUUAUCCUAAGAUAUACCUCGAAGGAGAGUAUUAUCUCCAAGGGUAUUGGAUUGGUGUCGUUGAUGGUUUCGCUAACGUGACGGAGCGGUAUCUCGAGAUGGAACGAGAAGACGACACGUUGCGUAGACGUCACGCGGAGAAAGUCAGCGAGCGAUACGGUGCGUUUAGAGAAGAGCGGUUUUUGAAAGGCGAGUUUGGUGGGAGAGGUAGUCGCAGACGCGCGUUUGUAACGCAUUUUACGGGAUGUCAACCAUGUAGCGGUGAUCAUAAUCCGAGUUACGAUGGUGACACGUGUUGGAAUGAGAUGAUCAGAGCCCUUAAUUUUGCUGAUAAUCAGGUGAUGCGCGUGUAUGGUCACGUGCAUUCUGAUUUGAGUAAGACUUCUCCGCUUCAACCUCUGCCGUUCGAUUAUCCUAAUGAGGCUUGGUGAUUAUUUUCUUAAUAAGUACUUUGAUAAGUU